AUGGGCAAAGACGCUGAUACAAUAACGCGUACACUAAUUCAAGUCAAAUGGUAUCACACUUUUGUUCUCCUCGUGGGAACUAUCUUAUCUGUUGUUGACCCGAUUACAGACGUACUUACCCUGAUGGAGUUUCACCGCAAUAAUCAUAAGACAUGGUUUGGUGUGGGGCUGUUCUUCGUUAUUUUACCAAGCUUGUUUUUUUCGGUUCUAUACUGUCGACAGUUAAUGAAGACGGAUUACAAACGUCCUGGCCUCGUUGAACUUCUAAUUUGUGGUUGCAAUCCAUUCUCGGUCGCUUUCACGAGACUUCGAGCAUUUAUUUUAUGCUCAAAGAAUUUCAAGAAGCUUUGGCGUAGAGAUGAUUUGGAUGCCGGCUGUUACAACAAAAUCAGAGAUCUGAUGUACUACGCGACAUGGACGGGAAUGUUUGAGGCUAUCCUCGAAUCUGCUCCUCAGUUCAUAAUCCAACUGUACGCUAUAAUCGUCCAACAAGAACAGGUUGCAAUUAUUCAGAUUAUUUCACUGUGUGUCUCCGUCUUGAGUUUAGCUUGGACAUCGCUUGUUGCUGAUGAAUGGCGACUCUUGACUUGCUUAAGUGAACUGGAGUCACAAAAGACCGACCUUGUAGAUACAAUUUCAUCUGUCAAAUUUAAAGCUGCCCUCUAUGUGUCACAGCUAUUUCACCUCGCCUGCCGAUUACUGGCCAUCACAUUCUUCACUGUAAGGUUCACGUGGUGGAUUAUCGCCAUGAUCAUAAUGCACUCGAUUUUUAUGGCUGUAACCAGAUGUAUUGCUGACUGUAUGACAGGCAGGUUCGGAGGCUGUGCCAAGAACUGCUACGCUCUCCCGACCGCACUUUGUUUCUACUGGAUAAGAGACGACGGCUCCGCUGGGGUAACAGUCGACGAAAAAGGCAAAACCUUGAAAAUAAUUCAGUUGGUGUCUAAUGUUCUAUUUGUGAUAGAAAAUGUCCUUAUGAUAUGGAUCUACUAUUCGCAUGAACAAACACACUCGUGGUACUCUAAACCAGUCGCAGUGUGCGUGUCUUUGUUCAGUGUCCUUGGGGCUGUUAUCAGAGUUGUCCUCUACCGGUUCUUACUUUGA